CAACAAAAAAAAAAAAAAGAGAUCCAAAUGUUGGGUACUCUUAUUCCCUAAUAUCUCAUACGAUUCGAAAACAAGAUUUAUUUAUAGUAAAAUAAGUAAAAUCAUACGGAGUAUAUAUAAUUGUAAAUUCUUGCUGCAAAAUCUCUCAACCUACUCUUCCCCACUGCUCCGUGUCUAGAUCAAUCACCCAACCAGAGACUGAGAGAGAGUUAAUGCGGAGGAAGCUUAAAGCGGGGAAAUCUGAUGUACUUGCUUCUGAAUCUUUGCUACAUUUAGCAACACCAUGAUGGAAUUAGAACAUAAAGCAGAUACCAUGCAGGCGAACUGUGAGGCGCCCGGAAGAUGCCUCCACAGCGCAGGGUAUUUUCACGAUCUGCAAUACAGUAUGGGUGCUUUCAAAGGCUUUCCGGAGCUUAAUGAAGGCAACAAUGUUCAUCCUAGCGGGGAUACUAUUGAACCGGACUCCUCAAAUGGCAGUGAACAUAUUGACUCAUCUAAAGAAUCUCCAGAAAAGCCCGUCCAGAAUAAUGCUUUUGGCUCUUGGUCUGCCUUUUACCCCGACUCGAAUAAUAUGCAUCUUUUCGCAACGAAUGCUUUUGAGGCCCAAUUCCAUCCUUAUGCAGUGGACAACCAAUUCCAUUACGUUCCAUUCAACGUGUUCUAUCAACAAUGCCCUCGGGAAUUUCAAUUCCAAGACUUCCAAUAUUUCGUGGUCAUCGACUUUGAAGCUACCUGCAACAAGGAAAAGAAUCCUCAUCCCCAAGAAAUAAUUGAGUUCCCGUCUGUAAUUGUUAGUAGCAUGAGCGGACAGCUAGAAGCUUGUUUUCAAACAUAUGUGCGGCCAACAUGCAAUCAGCUCCUCAGUGAUUUCUGCAAGGAUCUGACUGGCAUCGAGCAAAUCCAGGUGGACAGAGGGGUUACUCUGACUGAAGCUCUGCUUAGGCAUGACAAGUGGCUCGAGAAAAAAGGGAUAAAAAAUUCCAACUUUGCUGUGGUUACGUGGUCGAAUUGGGAUUGCAGAGUGAUUUUGGAAUCAGAGUGUCGCUAUAAGAAGAUCAGAAAGCCUCCUUAUUUCAACAGAUGGAUCAACUUAAAGGUCCCUUUCCGCGAUGCAUUUGGAGGCAUGAGGUGCAAUCUGAAAGAAGCGAUGCAGAUUGCCGGGCUGGCCUGGCAGGGCCGUGCCCACUGUGGUCUCGAUGACGCCAAAAACACUGCCCGUCUUCUUGCCUUACUCAUGCACAGAGGCUUCAAGCUCUCGAUCACAGAUGCACUCAUGUAUCGGACUACCAAUGAGUCUUUUGCGUGGAAGCUCCCCCUCGAUCACCAAUUGGUCUCCCCAUACGAACCUCAAAAAGCUAGACAGCUUCACGUUCCAACGGCUCAGAUUCACCCUUACUGUUUCUGCGGGAUGAAGAGCAGCAAAGGCGUGGUUCAGAAGCCGGGACCAAAACAAGGAAGCCUCUUCUUCGGGUGCGGGAAUUGGACAGCUGGACAGGGCGCUAGCUGCCAUUUCUUUAAAUGGGAUUCUCCUUAACCCAAUCGGAGAAAGGUAAAGCAACUCGAUAAUCUUGCCUAAUCACCUAGGCAUAUUAUCUCAUGUAAAAAGUGAAAAAAAAAAAAAAAGAUUCGGUUGUUUAUCUAAGAACCAGCAUUUCUUGCACCUUGCAGAGUAAAUAUGUCUCUUUAGCUUUGGCUCUUUCUUCUGUUUGCUUAGUUUAAGAUGGUGGUCUUGUAAGCAAUGAGGGAUGGGGCUUCUUUUACUGACUUGAUAGAUGAUUGGAUAAUAUGGAAAGAGACAUUGUUCGGUUGUUUUUACAUAAACCAGACAUGUCUUCAUAGUUUUCUGCUAAAUAAUUUUGAGCAAUUGGAGUGGUGGAGUUGGUUGCCUUUUUCUCUGGAAA